AUGAAGACCUCUACCAUCCUCACUGCUCUCGGCAGCAUCCUCGCCUUCAACGCCCAAGCCGUCAACGCGGGAUGCUACUCCGGCGGCGACCCCUGGCCCAACAAAGACCAAGCAGCCCAGUUCGUCUGGGACGCCUGCUACGGUUCCCAGGGCAUGUUCUCUGGACAGUUCAGCCCCGGGCAGACCAAGUCCAUGUGUCCCCAAAGCGGCAAGCUCGGUCUUCUCUUUGAAGUCCAGAAUCAGUGGGACCAGACGCUUGAUCUUGGCAAUGAUGACUGCUACACGCGUCUUAAGAACGAGAUCUAUGGCUGUGACCGUGGUGGAGAGUCUACUGUUUCUAAGUGGCGUUUCCGUGCUGAUCCUGGUAACUGUUAA